GUAAGGACACGAGUAGCGAAGCAGAAUGUAGUAGGCCGGCCGUUUGUUUCUUACCUAUCCGUGGCUCACAGAAUCGGAAGUGGACGAUAACACCCGCCCCGCGUGUGUGCUUGUGGGGAUUGUCUGCUUUCCGUGAAACGCUUUUGCGUAUAACUCAUGACACGGAGUUCAAAAUGUGCACUGCGAGUACUUGUGCUCAUAGCAGUGGCCGCAAUAGCAUUGCACUCGUACAUCUACGGAACUGUGCGCCAUGCUGGAGGUCACCCAUUUCAUCGCACGCAAAUGGCAUUCGCACACUUCCCAUGGUACAAGCGGACGCCUUCCAUCAACUUAAGCGGUGCUACAACGGACAUCCCCCGUAUCUUGCUGUGGACACCAUUCUUUAGGUCACGUUUGCUGGGGCUUUCGUCGGAGGACGAAAUUGAAAUUCCCGAGUGCAGUCGCCGCUGUUUCGUCACCUACAACAGGCACCUUUUCUCUUCCAGCGACGCUGUCGUCUUUCACGCCAGAGAUCUGUGCCUGGAGGACAUGCCCACAAGUCGUCCACCUGCACAGAAGUGGGUGUUUUGGAGCAUGGAAGCGCCGCCCCAUUCUGGUCAAAUCAAACUCGACAGGAUGAAAUCAGUGUUCAACUGGACUAUGACCUACAGAGCAGAUUCUGACAUUUCAGUCGCAUAUGGAGUGCUAAAGAGAAGACAGAAUCGUAAAGCAAUGGCAUUAGCCAGUAAGAGACUCUGGAAAGAAAAGAAUAAGACCGCAGUCUGGGUGGUUAGUAAUUGUGCCUCAAACAGUGGGCGAGAAGGUUUCGUAAAAGAAUUGCAGCGUUACAUUGACAUCGACAUCUACGGACGAUGUGGGACUCAUGAGUGCCCGAUAGAUUCCUAUGAUGCUUGUUUCCGUAAGUUUGAAUCUGAGUACUACUUCUGGCUCGCUUUAGAAAAUGCACUGUGCCGAGACUACGUGACGGAAAAAUUAUUUUCCGCUCUUCAGCGCGUCAUCGUGCCUGUUGCUCUGGGCGCCGUUAACUACAGUGCCGUAGCAGCACCACACUCCGUGAUUGACGCAUCUGCCUUCGUGGGACCGAAACAGUUAGCUGAUUAUAUGCAAAACGUUAAAAGUGAUUUCCGAUUGUAUAAAGGGUACCUCGACUGGAAGGACUGGUACGAUGUCGUCGGCUGGAAUAAUGAAAGGUUCUGUUAUCUGUGCGAAAAAUUGCACAGUGUACACUUUAGAACCAACUCCGUGGUCGAAGAUUUGUCGUCAUGGUGGAUCAAGGACUCAGGGUGCUACAAGUGGAACGACAAACACUGGAGAGAUCGGAGAACGAAGGGCAGCAAAGGGUGAAUAAAGACACUUCAUUUGACACGGUAACGGGACAUUUUAUUGCGUACA